CAGAGGGCGGAAAAGAUGGCGGCGCCCAUGGAGCUGUACUGUUGGGCUGGCGGCUGGGGUUUGCCGUCCGUGGACCUGGAGAGCCUCAUCGUGCUGACUUAUGCCAGAUUCACUGGGGCCCCUCUCAAGGUACACAAGAUCACCAACCCCUGGAAGAGCCCCUCAGGAACUUUGCCUGCUCUCCGGACACCUGAUGCUAGCAUCAUCUCACAGCCACACAAGAUCAUCACUCAUCUAAGGAAACAGAAAUACAAUGCAGACUAUGAUCUUUCAGCCCGGCAAGGGGCAGAUACCUUGGCCUUCAUGUCAUUGCUAGAGGAGAAGUUGCUGCCUGUCUUGAUCCAUACUUUCUGGGUUGAUGCCAAGAACUAUGUGGAGCUGACUCGAAAGUGGUAUGCUGAAGCCAUGCCCUUCCCCCUCAACCUGUUUCUACCAGGCCGGAUGCAGCGCAAACACCUAGAGCGGCUCCAGCUCUUAUGUGGGGAACGGAGGCCAGAGGAGGAGGAAGAAGUAGAGAAGGAGCUGUAUCGAGAGGCCCGGGAGUGCCUGACCCUGCUCUCUCAGCGCCUGGGCUCCCAGAAGUUCUUCUUUGGAGACUCUCCUGCCUCCCUGGAUGCUUUUGUCUUCAGUUACGUGGCCCUGCUGCUUCAGGCUAAGCUGCCGAAUGGGAAACUACAGGCCCAUGUUCGAGGGCUGAGCAACUUGUGUGCAUAUUGUACGCACAUCCUCAGUCUCUACUUUCCUUGGGAUGGAGCUGAAGCACCACCCUCACGCCCAGCACCUUCAGCUUCAGAGACCGAUGAAGAACCAUACCGACGAAGGGGGCAAAUCCUGUCAGUGUUGGCCGGCUUGGCAGCCAUGGUGGGCUAUGCCCUGCUCAGUGGCAUUGUGUCUAUACAGCGGGCAGCUCCUGCUCGACCAUCAGGCACCCGGGCUUUGGGUAUUGCUGAGGAAGAGGAGGAGGAAUAAUAUUCUGAUGUUCCCAGGACUUACUUUUCUACUGCUGUGCAUUCCAAACAGCCCCUGGUCUGUUCCCCUUUUGGGUACUUCCAGAGAUGGGGUGGUCAUCUUUACCCUCUAGAAUAAAUUUGCUCACAGUG